CCUCGAAGCAUUCCCAAGUCCAGGCAUCAAUCCACUUCAUACAUUUCGGAAACCAUGACUACCGAACCUCUUCCCUCAUCGCAGCCAGGCCAAGCUGCCAACCAAACAAGCUCUCCAAUGGCGCCUGCUGCCCCAGCUUCCCCCAAGGCCUCAUCAAACCGUUCCGCAACUACGGUCGCAGCCCAAGGCCAAGGGCCGGACAGCAUCACGUCUGUAGCUCCUGUGGAUGCCGCUGCCAAUGCCUACGCCAAGGACCAAAUUCUAGAAGCCACCACCCUCAACGGUGAUGACCCUCUGGAUCUUGGAAGGCACAAGCGGCCCGAUGUCACCCAAAGACAGAUGAAGCUUGACCAUCCAGAGGCCAACAAGCGCCGCAUGAAGAAGUUCUACACUCGCCAGAACACCCUCAUUGACCAAUUCCUCCAGAGCGGUGACGAGGAGCGCUUGGCCGCUAUCGACACCAUGGAAAAUGGUCCCAAGGUCAAGUUUGCCGUGAAUGCCUCGUUCAUUGUGAAUUUUUGCUUGUUCAUCAUUCAAAUGUAUGCUGCCAUCUCCACCGGUUCGCUGUCUCUCUUCGCUACUGCUGCGGAUGCCUUCAUGGAUCUUGUCUCAUCCGUCGUUAUGCUUGUCACUUCGCGCCUGGCCGCACGGCCAAGCGUCUACAAGUACCCUGUCGGCCGUACUCGCAUCGAAACGAUCGGCAUUAUUAUGUUUUGCUGUCUCAUGACAACGGUAGCCAUCCAGUUGAUCAUUGAGUCUGGGCGAACCUUGGGAGGAGGGGAAAAAGACCACGAGCAACUUCACAUCAUCCCUAUUGUCUUUGUCGGCGUCGCAAUCUUCUCCAAAGGUGUACUUUGCGUCUACUGUUACUUGUUCCGCCGUUAUCCCUCUGUGCACGUCUUCUUUGUGGACCAUCGCAAUGACAUUGUUGUCAACGCAUUCGGUCUCACCAUGUCCAUUAUCGGAAGCCGCGUCGUCUGGUACCUCGAUCCCAUUGGCGCCAUUCUCAUUGGUCUCCUGAUUCUGUUCUCAUGGGCCGCUAACGCCUUCGAACACAUUUGGCUCCUGGUGGGCAAGUCUGCCCCCAAAGAGUUCAUCUCCAAACUCAUCUAUCUUGUCGUCACUCACGACACACGGAUCUCCAAGGUUGAUACAUGCCGCGCUUACCAUGCUGGGCAAAACUAUUACGUAGAAGUGGAUAUCGUCAUGGAUGAAGAGCUGCCUCUCAAGAUCACCCACGAUGUCAGCCAAUCGUUGCAGAGAAAACUUGAGGGUCUCGCAGAUGUCGAGCGUGCUUAUGUACAUGUGGAUUAUGAGAACGAGCACGACAUCCACGAAGAACACAAGCCUCUGUACGAAGUAACCGAAAGUCGGUCGAUCAGACAGCGUGUCAAAGAACUACUUUCCAGAAAAAAGGAGGAAACAUCAUAAGGCAGGGCUCGUGACUGACAGAACCAUAGCCUGCAAUGCAGAUUGUUUUGACAUCUCGCCUGCACGUUGCUGCUGUCUGGUCCACAUUUGACCAGCUCUUUAAUAUUUAUCCAUGACUCCCACGCCAGGAGCCAUUCUUGCAUCUUUCAUUCAUAUUAUUGUAUCCAUAGAAAAGUUCUGCAUUCUCAUUUGGUUGAUACCUGAGUGCCUGGAACUCAUAGCUAGGCACCGCAUCCGGACCCAUAUACGUAAAUACACGAUUUCAAAUGUUUAUCAGUGCCGCAUUCACACCGUACCUACACUCUUACAUCCGCUCCCCCGAUUCCCGUUCAUUGUCGCGUCAAGUUUCGCUGUCCGCAUUUUCAUUCAGUUGGGUCACCUCAUCGGCAGAAACGGAAUCCACACUGGUGCACUUAUUCGUAGCACAUACUUGGAGAGGUCACAUCGACGACUCUAGAUGUCUUGAGUGAGUGUGUGUAGAGGUGGAGAUUGUUUCAGUUUCUGACUCUUCGCUCCACACUCUGCGGAUGGCCGGCAAUGCCCAGAACAGUCAUUGUAUCAGCAAUAGGCACGGUGCAAUCGCUCGUCAACCGUCCCACCUUCAACACCCGCUUUUUGUGUACAAUCAGUAUAGCCUCGAGGGCUGUUCGUUUCUUUCCAGUAGAGGCAAGGGGAACCGCUUCUUGUGUUUUGAAGACGAAACUCCUUCAGCUUCCCCACAUUC